CAAACUCUACAGCUUAAGUUGGAAUAUUCAAGCAAAGAUGACAAGUUUCGAUGACACCCUGGAGCACAUUGGAAAAUUUGGCUUGUUCCAGAAGCAGAUAUUUUUUCUGACGUGCAUGAUUUCUGUUGUAUUUUGCCCAAUCUAUGUGGGUAUUGUUUUUCUAGGGGUUGUGCCUCCAUACAGAUGUGUGGAACCUGGACUUGUGGACCUACAGAGGAAAUGUGGAUGGAGUUUAGAAGAAGAGCUUAAUUAUACAGUUCCAAGACCGGAAGGCAGCACAGACUUCACUUAUACCAGUCAGUGUGUCCGGUAUGAUAUUGACUGGAACAAGACAUCUCUCAGUUGUAUAGAUCCCUUAUUUGAUAUUACAACACCUAGCAGUGAUGGGUUGUCGGUUACUGACUGUAAGGAUGGAUGGAUUUAUGAUACUACAGGAUCGUCUAUUGUUACAGAGUUUAACCUAGUAUGUGCUGAUUCAUGGAAGAUGGAUUUGUUUCAAUCGUUCGUAAAUCUUGGAUUCUUUUUUGGAUCAUUGUUCAUCGGAUACAUUGCUGACAGAUUUGGCCGUAAACCUUGUCUAUUAAUCACUCUUUUUACCACUGCUGUUUCUGGUGUACUCGUGGCCUUUGCUCCAACGUACCCUUUGGUAGUAUUUUUCCGCUUUAUUCAAGGGUUAGUCAGCAAAGGCUCCUGGUUGUCAGGCUAUAUUCUUGUUGCAGAAUUUGUUGGCUUGUGCCACAGAAGAACAGUAGGCAUUGUAUAUCAGGCGGCUUUUAGUGUUGGACUUCUAAUACUUUCAGGAGUCGCAUAUGGAAUUACGAAUUGGAGAUGGCUGCAGCUGGCAAUCACAUUACCAAAUUUCUUAUUCUUGACAUAUUACUGGUGUGUCCCAGAAUCCCCCCGGUGGCUUCUAUCCCAAAAACGCAAAAAUGAAGCAAAAAUAAUCAUCCAACAUAUAGCAAAAACCAAUGGAAAAACAGUACCUGAGACAUUAGAGAGUCUAACUGAAGAUGAUGAAGCCGUUGAAAAACAGACGCCUUCUUUCUUGGCCUUGUUCAGGACCCCUCAGAUUAGGAAGCACACCUUUAUUUUGAUGUAUAUCUGGUUUACAUGUGCUGUUGUGUAUCAGGGCUUAAUCAUGCAUAUGGGAUCUACCAGUGGAAAUCUUUAUUUUGACUUUUCCAUUUCUGCCCUGGUUGAAUUCCCUUCUGCUCUGAUAAUAAUCCUUACAGUGGAGCGCAUUGGUCGUCGAUACCCGUGGGCAAUUGGAUGCAUUGUAACUGGAAUUGCCUGUUUGGUGUCUGCCUUCAUCUCAAAUGAACUACAUUGGCUAAAAGUAACACUAUCCUGCGUGAGCAGAAUGGGUAUAACACUCUCCUAUGAAAUGAUUUGCCUGGUGAAUGCAGAGCUAUAUCCAACUUUUAUCAGGAACCUGGGCAUAAUGGUUUGUUCAUCUAUGUGUGAUCUUGGUGGUACCAUAACACCUUUCAUAGUUUACCGACUGGCAAAUAUAUUGGCAGAACUACCACUUAUAGUGUUUGCUGUGCUGUCAGUAAUAUCUGGCAUACUUGUUCUGUUACUUCCUGAAACAAAAGGAAUGGCUCUUCCAGAAACAAUCGAAGAAGUAGAAGGAAUGCACAAACCAGCGAAAGCAAGCAAACUGAAAGUUGCCUACUUAGAAGUUGAAACCAUGGACCGUAUCUAGAUAACUGAGCUACUAUAUUGCAUGUGGUAUUUUUAUGAGUGUUAAUCAAUUAAAUAAAAUUUCUUU